CACUGUGUAAGGCAGUUCAAAUAUCUGUGCAGGAGAAAAAUUAAAACAGGCUGAAAUAUUUUAACUUUGUGUGUUUGUGAUUUAAGCAUUGUUUGUUAAAUCUUAUUCAGUAGCUGAUCAGUUUUACAAAGACUAUUUGUUAAACUCAACACGUCUCCAAAUAUAUCAGCCACUUCAUUAUCAUGAUAUAAGCAUGAUCGACGAAAGAUUUCCAUGUGGAAAAGUCAGAGCUUCUGUGCUGCUUUUUUGUUCUUAAUUAAACUGUAAUUUGAUGAAAGGCAAGCCAGAGUGUGGAUUGUAUUGAUUCUAUAACUUCUGUGGCAUUUUUCUCCGACAGAAUGACAAAGGUCCUCGGCCACUGGAAACUCUUCAGCAGCGAUGACCGCUGGGACGAGUACAUGAGAACCCUGGGGAUCGGGUUUGUUUUACGUAAAGUGGGGAAUUCCAUCACGAGCUAUGAAGAGCUCAAACAAGACGGAGACACGUGGGAACUGCUUAUCACAUCCACCUUCAAAAACGCUCAUCUCAAAUUUAAACUGGGAGAGGAAUUUGACGAGACGACUCUGGAUGGCCGAAAAUGUAAGUCGUCCUUUGUAAUAGAAGGUGAUGAUCUAGUCCACUACCAGAAAGGUAUAAAGGAAGGCGAGGUAGACUCUAAAAUCGUCAGAACAAGAGUGGAUGACGAAACAAUGACGAUUACUCUUGAAGCAAUUGGCAAAGACGUGACCACUGUGCGUACUUUUAAACGCUACACGCCAUAGGACCCUGGAAUGGCCAUGUUUCUCCUAAUUUGCAUAAUAGUUCUCCUUGGGCAGUGUUUAGACAUGACGUCAUCGCAUAUUCUGGUUUUUAAGAGACACUUUUUCAUGCUCGUGGGAACAUUAUAUGCUUUGUACAUUUAAUCCUUAAAAGCAGGCUAUUAAAGUCAUGAUAGGAUUAAAAAUAAAUCGAUUUACACUUGG